GCGGGAGCGGGAGCGGCCUGGGGAGCCGGAGCGCACUAUGGAGGCGGCGGCGGGCGGUCGCGGCGGCUUUCAGCCGCACCCGGGGCUGCAGAAGACGCUGGAGCAGUUCCACCUGAGCUCUAUGAGCUCGCUGGGCGGCCCGGCCGCCUUCUCGGCGCGCUGGGCGCAGGAGGCCUACAAGAAGGAGAGCGCCAAGGAGGCGGGCGCGGCCGCGGUGCCGGCGCCGGUGCCCGCGGCCGCCGAGCCGCCGCCGGUGCUGCACCUGCCUGCCAUCCAGCCGCCGCCGCCCGUGUUGCCCGGGCCUUUUUUCAUGCCGUCCGACCGCUCCACGGAGCGCUGCGAGACCGUGCUGGAGGGCGAGACCAUCUCGUGCUUCGUGGUGGGCGGCGAGAAGCGCCUGUGUCUGCCGCAGAUCCUCAACUCGGUGCUGCGCGACUUCUCGCUGCAGCAGAUCAACUCGGUGUGCGACGAGCUGCACAUCUACUGCUCGCGCUGCACGGCCGACCAGCUGGAGAUCCUCAAAGUCAUGGGCAUCCUGCCCUUCUCGGCGCCCUCGUGCGGGCUCAUCACCAAGACGGACGCCGAGCGCCUGUGCAACGCGCUGCUGUACGGCGGCGCCUACCCGCCGCCCUGCAAGAAGGAGCUGGCCGCCAGCCUGGCGCUGGGCCUGGAGCUCAGCGAGCGCAGCGUGCGCGUGUACCACGAGUGCUUUGGGAAGUGCAAGGGGCUGCUGGUGCCCGAGCUCUACAGCAGCCCGAGCGCCGCCUGCAUCCAGUGCCUCGACUGCCGCCUCAUGUACCCGCCGCACAAGUUCGUGGUGCACUCGCACAAGGCCCUGGAGAAUCGGACCUGCCACUGGGGCUUCGACUCGGCCAACUGGCGGGCCUACAUCCUGCUGAGCCAGGACUACACAGGCAAGGAGGAGCAGGCGCGCCUCGGCCGGUGCCUGGACGACGUCAAGGAGAAGUUUGACUACGGCAACAAGUACAAGCGGCGGGUGCCGCGGGUGAGUGUACCGCGGGUCACCUCUGAACCCCCGGCCUCCAUAAGGAAAGCAGAUGACACCCCCUCCCAGCACCCCACGUCCUCUGAGAAGGACAAGCCGUCUGGCUGGCUGCGGACUCUGGCCGGCUCCUCCAGCAAGAGCCUGGGCUGCGUCCACCCCCGCCAGCGCCUCUCCGCCUUCCGACCCUGGUCCCCUGCAGUCUCUGCGAGUGACAAAGAGCUCUCCCCGCACCUCCCGGCCCUGAUUCGAGACAGCUUUUACUCCUACAAGAGCUUUGAGACGGGUGUGGCCCCCAACGUGGCCCUGGCACCACCGGCCCAGCACAAGGAGGUAAGCAGCCCGCCACGUGCCUGCGUUGUCUCCCGGGCCCCCGGGCCUCUUGCCACCUGCGUCCAGCCUCGGAAACGGAAGCUGACCAUGGACACCCCCGGAGCCCCAGGGACGCCAGCCCCCGUGGCCGCCCCGGAGGAUGACAAGGACUCGGAGGCUGAAGUGGAAGUGGAGAGCAGGGAGGAGUUCACCUCCUCCCUGUCCUCGCUCUCUUCUCCGUCCUUUACCUCAUCCAGCUCUGCCAAGGACCUGAGCUCCCCGGGCGUGCACGCCCCACCCGCGGCCCCCGCCGCCCCCGAUGCCACGGCCCCUGCUGACGCCCCAAGCAGCGGGCUGGAGGCAGAGCUGGAGCAUCUGCGGCAGGCCCUGGAGGGCGGCCUGGACACCAAGGAAGCCAAAGAGAAGUUCCUGCAUGAGGUGGUGAAGAUGCGGGUGAAGCAGGAGGAGAAGCUGAGCGCCGCGCUGCAGGCCAAGCGCAGCCUCCACCAGGAGCUGGAGUUCCUGCGUGUGGCCAAGAAGGAGAAGCUGCGGGAGGCCACGGAGGCGAAGCGCAGCCUGAGGAAGGAGAUCGAGCGCCUGCGGGCAGAGAACGAGAAGAAGAUGAAGGAGGCCAGCGAGGCGCGGGUCCGGCUGAAGCGGGAGCUGGAGCAGGCGCGGCAGGCGCGGGUGUGCGACAAGGGCUGCGAGGCCGGCCGCCUGCGGGCCAAGUACUCGGCCCAGAUCGAGGACCUGCAGGUGAAGCUGCAGCACGCGGAGGCCGAUCGCGAGCAGCUGCGGGCCGACCUGCUGCGGGAGCGGGAGGCCCGGGAGCACCUGGAGAAGGUGGUGAAGGGGCUGCAGGAGCAGCUGUGGCCACGGCCCCGCUCCGAGGCUGCUGGUGGCGAGAGCACAGCCGAGCUGGAGCCCUAGCUGGAGCCCGCUGUCUGCUGUGCGGGUGUGGACGCCGCAGGGAGGGGCGGGCAGGCAGGCGGCAAGCCAGCGGCGGGGCCCUGUGUGCCUGGCGGGGCCUGCCCCUCUCUCCAGUCCAUAUAGCACAACGUCUUACUGUGCCUAUAACCAAGCAAGUGUUUGGAACCACAUACUUUUGGAAUCCACUGCAAAAUUUUCUACUGGCCAAGUUCAAGUGAGCAAGCCGGCCCCCAGGUGCAGCUGGAGACGAGGCCAGCUGGUGGCUGCGCCUGGCCCUGCGCUUGCCAGAACAUUCUAACAUUUACACUUUUGUUAUAAGCUAUUUAAAACCAAUAAGGAGACUUGAUGUUCAGAAAAUUCAACAUGUUUUUUAAUGACUAACUUUUAAAAGCCCCACCCACACGUGACACCACCUGAGGACCCGCCAGGGAGCCGGGGUGGCCGCUGCCCUGCCCCUCAAAGCCAUCACAGCUCAUCUGUGCCCGCAGCUGCGUGAGGACACGAAGGGUUUUUCUCCAGAGUCUAUUUUUUCAGCGACAAGGACCCAGGUCUCCUGUGCUGCCACCAGGAAGGGCACGGAGAGAGUCACGCACGCCUGAUGAGCUGGAACCCGCCGCCUUACGCCGCCCGCGCCCCGGCCCUGCGCCAUCAGCACGUGUGUCUGCAAGCACCGUCCAAGGGGCGCCGUCGUCAAGGGAUGCCGGGAGGCAGGUCCAUGCUGGCCGGCACACACGCCCUCGACCACGCCACCCUCUCAGUUCCGCAACAUCGCUCUUCUGUCUGGGGACUGAGGCUGCAGCAUUGGAACAAAACACAGCAUUAUUUCAUUUUUUCUUUUUGUUUGUUCAUUCAUUUAAGCGUAUAUUUAGAACUGCACUUUGUCAAAAAUCUUCCCUUCUCUUUUUAUUCCCCAGUUAACUGAGGUUUUUACUUUCAACAUUGCAAACUGAUUUCUAGAGCAUCCAGAUCCUAAGUGCUCGAGUGUUUGGAAACCCCUCUGGUGCUUGGUUGAACACGGGAAUCACAUGAGGAUGAAGAUGCAAAAACCGAACUUCGGGGGGUAGUUCUGUGCCUUCCAGCGUCUUGUACAGCAAACCCUGACUCGUCUUUUUACCCCCAAGUAUGUCUUCAGUAGCAAUUGAAUCUGCCACUAUUGAAAUGAGUUAACUUGCAUUUAUUCCAAAUAACCUCGUUUACUCAACUGUAUGCGAAUUGUAUAAGGUUUCUCAUGCCCAAGCUUAAAAAGUGAUUCCCAGUAGACGAGGUGGCUGCCCGUCCUAAAGUUGUGGUAUUUAUUUGUGCAGAAAGAUCUUCCCAGAAUUCUUUGCUUGCCGCUGAUCCAACACCGUGGCAGCCGCGAGCGGAGCCGGGAGGCGGAGGUGGCUGGUGCAGGACGGUGGCUGCGGGAGGUGGUGACACCGUCGCCAAGUCGAGCAGAGACUGGGUGACGGCACCGUCUGUGGGAUUUUGCCCUUGGUUUACUGGGUAGGGCCAGGUGCUGCUGGACCCCCUUCUCAAGUGCAAUGCAAAAGGGACAUCAUGUGUAUGCAGCGUUCGUUUGGUUCUGUUUUUUGUUGUUUUUUAAUUUUUCUGCUUCUGUUUUUCUUUGCAGUUUUACUCAAUCUGUAUGCAUGGACUCUAACCCUCUGCCACACGUGCGUCCACCGACGGGCAUUACUACCGUGUCCUAUGUAGGGUCAGCUGCGUCCCGCAACACGCAGAAUGCUGUGUUUAGCCUUGUUUUUCCAGAGUUGUGUUUUUUCAGUCAUUUCUUCAAGGGAAACUAAAUGAUUUAGCUGGAGCAAAGCUUUAAGUGUGUCAGUGUGCCUCUGUGUGGCUGUGCUCUGUUGCCAAGUCUGCAAAUCAUGGUGAGACCCAGAGGCCCCCGGGACCCGCUGCCCGAGGCCACGUGGUUUGCCCUGCUUACUCUUUGAGUUUUUAGGCUCCAGAGGGAGGUAAUUUUUCUAAGCUGGGGUUGUGGGGUGGAGGGUGGGCACUGGCUCUCCCUCCCCUGGAACUGCCCCCUCCUGGCACCUGCACGCCCCGGCCACCGGGCCCAGGCGCCCGCUGCCCGGCCCCGGCCCCGGUCUGGGGGGGGGGGGCGGGGAGCGGGGGUGCGGGUCCCCAGGCCCCCGCUGGUGCAGCUGCAGUCGGAGCCCUCUUCAGGAAAAGGGAGGAGAGGGGUCUGUCUCGCAGGCUGCCGGCCCUCCCUGUGCGUGACGCCCGUUAUCGGAAUGGUUGUGUGUUCGGUGUAACCGCCCAUUGUUUCCACGCUGAAAGGGUUUUAACGAAGGGAAAGAAACCACAGCAAUAACACUCAUCCACGGAGCAGCUAACUCAGAACAUUCUGCUUUUCCUGCAGAAGCAGCCGGUGUGAUAAAGCCCGGCGUGUAAAUAGCUUUCCUUUUACACUCGUGUGUCAUGCGUGUGUAUGGUGGUUCCUUUUCAGGUCUCCCUUCUUACCUGGUAGCUGUCCUGUUUUCCGGGCUGUUUUUAACCUAGGAGGAACACGCCCCGGGGCACCGAGCCCACCGGUUCCGUCCCCCCCCCCAACCCGUCGGGCCCGGGGGGCCAUCUUGUUCUCGCUUUAAGUCAGGAGUCACAAACGACACUUUUUUUUCAAUUAAGGAAAAACCCACAGCUCCACCUGCGAACCCGCCAGGAGCGCCUGCAUCUCGCCCGGUCUCUCCUUCGCUGCUGCUAAUGACGUCAUGAGGACUUACGCUACUACUCGAGAACUAUUUUUAUGUAAUUAAUGUAUGCUUUCUUGUUUAUAAAUGCCUGAUUUAAAAAGAAAACAAAGAAAAAGCUUGGCAUAUUUA